CGUCCUCUCUCUCUCCCUCUCUCCCUCUCUGUCUCAACCUCUCCCUUUCUCUCCCUAGAACGGUCUGUUGCUCUUUCUCCACACUCUGUGUUCAUGUGCUUUACUUUCUACCUCUGCUUCCAAUACUUUGCUUUAUACCCUGGCGACAGUGUUAGUUGGAUAAAGAGGUGGAAUUGGAAUAUCGAGGGUUUUUUUUUAGCGUCGACUUGUGUUUUCUAUCGGGUGUCAACUUGUUUCUUUUUAGCGCAUUGGCUGCCAAUGUCGUCUGGAUCCUGGCGGUGUUGGCGUUCUUUCCAGCUUGUCUGACCACCUAUGAGUCCUGGAGGUUGGACAUUAACAAAAGCGGUAUGGGGUUCGCUUUAUGAAUGAACAACGAUGAAGUAAACACACGAGAUCGCAAAACUCUCCAACCGUGUUCGCGGGAAGAGAGCCACAGAUAGGCUAUGUGGGAUUAACGGACCAGUAUCCGCGACUCAUUGCGGAAAAGCCUCUCACCGCAGACUCAUGUGAAAACGCACCGUGGAAGAACGUGCUCAAAAAGCAUUGGCCAUUGGAAGACCAAGUUGACCAUGUCCAUUCAUAUCGUAGCUCUGGGCAGCGAGUGCCCUGGGGGAGUGGGGCCGGGGGAAGAGGCCAUGGGCCAGGGACAACUCCAGGGGGGUCUGCUUUGGAGCUACUUGGGCCAUGGCGCGGUGGCCGGACCACGGGACCUGGAAAGAAGCCUGUCCAACCCGGCCUUUAUGGAAUACACAUCACGCGUGUUCGGAGAUGUUACCGUGGUGGUGCGGGAUUGCCCAAGCUGGGAUCUUUUGGACAGUGACUGGGCAAGCGUACGGAGUGUUCUAGAACAGGCAGACAUCCUGGUCAUCAAGUACUCGGUCAAUGACAAGCUAGCCUUCCAGCAGGUACGCAAUGGCUACGCCCCCCGACUUCGCCCACUCCUGCGUCACUGGGGAGUACCAGUCAUUUUGGUUGCCGUGGGAGCACGUUUAAAUGAUGAGGGUCCCCCCUGCACGUGCCCCCUGUGUGCGUCGGACUGGAGCAGCUGUGUCCCCCACAGCGAGGGCCUGCAGCUCUCCAGGGACCUGGGGGCUACCUACCUCGAGCUCCCUUCCCUCAACCAUGUCUUUGUGGGCCGUUACUUUGGCAGCGUGCUGGAGUAUUUCAUGAUCCAGUGUUUGAAGCAGAAGGCCAAAGAGAGGCCGGAGAAGAGGCGGGGAAACAAGCUGAACGAGCCCCGUCCUCCUCAUUUGGAACAACCAGCACGUCUUCCACCCAUCAGAGUGGAGGAGUCCAGCUUCUCUCAGGACAUGCAGUGGCUCCUGGAGCGGGGGGUCCAGUUUGCAGACGUGGCCUUCUAUGCCGGGGAUUCUGGGAAGGAGCUGGGGUGGGCGCAUGCUGCUGUGCUCUGUGCCGUCAGCCCCUACUUCAGACAGCUGCUGCUGGGUCCCAAAGCCAGAGAGCGUCCAACGUCCCGGUGUGUCUGUCGAGAACGAGACGGCGCACCCCACUCACUGCUCUCCACAUGGGACGGCAUCGACGACAUGCCACGGCCAGACGGGCACCUGGCCGGACGCCUAUCUCGGCUGGUGGUGAAGGACCCGCUACUCUGCCUGUGCCUCUGGGAGACCCUCAUGUUUCUAUAUAGAGUGUGCGUGUGUGUCUGUUUCUGCUGUGACCCAGGUGCAUGGGAGUGGGAGCACCUCCAGGAGGCCGUGGCCGAGAAGCUGAAGAACUCCCUGGCUGUGGCUCAGCUCAUGGACCGGAUACGAUCGUUCCUGGGCAGAGACAAGCACGGCCCCCGGGACACCCCCAAUGCACGUGCAGCUCAGCUCGGCCCCCAGUCGCUGGUCAACCUCUUCAACUCGCCUCUGUACUCUGACGUCAUCUUCAUGGUGCAAGGGAGCGUCUUACCGGCCCACAGGGCGGUGCUAGUGGCUCGCUGUGAUGUCAUGGCGGCCAUGUUCAGCGGGAAAUACGCCGAGGCGCGGAGCCGAGUGGUCCCCAUCCAUGGGGUCUCCUCCGACACCUUCCUGUCCUUCCUGGAGUACCUCUACACUGACACCUGCUGUCCGGCCAGUGUGCUCCAGGCCAUGGCCGUGCUGGUCUGUGCGGAGAUGUACCAGGUGAAGCGGCUGCAACACCUCUGCGAGGUGUGCGUCUGCGCUUACCUACAGAGUAUGCCCAGCCGAGAGUUAGCAUCCACUGGCAUCAGCGUGAUCCGCCUGCUCCGCAGGGCAAAGUGUCACAAUGCAGAGCAGCUAUACGUUUGGCUUCUCCACUUCAUCGCCAAUAACUACCUAAUCUUCAGCCACAAGCCAGAUUUCCUGGAACUCUUGGGUGAGACGUCAGUUGCUUUUAUGGUCUGAACAGCUGUCACAUUGGCCAAUUAUAAUAAUAAUAAUAAAUGCAUUCAUUUAGUAGACACUUUUGUCCGAGGCGACGUUCAGUACUUACAGCAACCUUCUUGAUGAGCUAUAUUGUCAUCAAUCACAGUAUCUGUGGCUAAGAGGUUGAUAUUAGGGGAGUCAGGUGGCUGAGAGGUUAGGGAAUUGCGCCAGUAAUCCAAAGGUUGCUGGUU